AUGAGUGCAAUCAAGACGAACACAAUCGACAGGAGCGCAAUCGACAAAAGUGCAAUCAACAGCAGCUCAAUGGACAGGAGCACAAUCAAGAGGAGUGCAAGCGACAGGAGCGAGCACUCUGCUGCAGCAGCGCAAUCGAGAGGAGCGCAAUCACGAGCAGAGCAGGAGAGAGGAGCACAAUCGACAGUAGCGCAAGAGAGAGCAGAGCAGGAGAGAGCAGCGCAUUCGAAAGUAGCACAAGAGAGAGCAGAGCGAGAGAGAGGAGCUUUAUCGACAGCAGUGCAAUCGACAGGAGCGCAAUUGACAGGAGCACAAUCGACAGGAGCGCAAUCUACAGGAGCGCAAUCUACAGGAACGCAAUCGAGAGCAGAGCAGGAGAGAGGAGGUCUAUCGACAGGAGCGGAAUCGACAGGAGCUCAAUCGACAGGAGAGCAAUCGACAGGAGCCAAAUCGAGAGCAGAGCAGGAGAGAGGAGGUCUAUCGACAGGAUCUCAAUCGACAGGAGCACAAUCAGGAGGAGUGCCAUUAAGAGGAGUGAAAUCGAGAGGAGCUCAAUCGAGAGCCGAGCAAGAGAGAGGAGCUCACUCGAGAGGAGCGCAAUCGACAGCAGAGCAAGAGAGAGGAACGCAAGAGAGAGGAGCACAAUCGACAGGAACUAUAUCGACAGGAGCUUUAUCAACAGGAGCUCAUUGGAGAGGAGCGCAAUUGACAGGAGCGCAAUCGAGUGAAGAGCAGCAAAGAGGAGCGCAAUCAAGAGGAGCGCAAUUGACAGGAGUGCAAUUGACAGGAGUGCAAUUGACAGGAGUGCAAUCAACAGGAGCACAUUCGACAGGAGCGCAAUCGACAGGAGCACAUUCGACAGGAGCGCAAUCGACAGGAGUGCAAGAGAGAGGAGUGCAAUUAAGAGGAGCGCAAUGGACAGGAGUGCGGUGGACAGGAGCGCAAUCGACAGGAGCGCUAGCUCUAGCCCUAGCCGCUGGAGCAACGCACACUCUGCUGGAGCAACGCAAUCUGAGCAGCGCACAGCUCGAGAGCAACGCACUGUUCGAGAGCAACGCACAGCUCAAGAGCAAUGCACAGCUGGAGCAACGCACUCACAGCUGGAGCAACGCACACUCUGCUGGAGCAACGCAAUCUGAGCAGCGCACAGCUCGAGAGCAACGCACUGUUCGAGAGCAACGCACAGCUCAAGAGCAAUGCACAGCUGGAGCAACGCAAUCUGAGAAGCGCAAUCUCAUCAGCGAACUGCUGGACAGCGCACACUCUGUUGGAGCAGCACAAUUGAGAGCAGCGCAAUUGAGAGCAGCGCAAUCGAGAGGAGCGCAAUCGAGAGGAGCACAAUCGAGAGGAGCGCUCACUCUGCUGGAGCAGCACAAUCAACAUGAGCGCAAUCAAGACGAACGCAAUUGA